GGAUUAACAUUCAGACCAAUCACAUUCAUCUGAAGGUGGGUUUUCUUUUCUCGUAGACCAAUGAGACUCAAACAGGAAGCUAGACGACAGAUUUAGCAUUGUAAACACGACUGUAGAUACUAUUAGCGAAGUUUAAACGCAUGUCAGUUUGCUACACCUGUACUUUCGGGGUCUUGGCCAACCACUGGUCUCUGUGCUGCCUUUCAACGACUCUCCAGUGACUUCAAGUUGCUCCACCUCGUCAUCGACUAACUUCUGCAGCGGCGUGGUUAAAGUUCACAUGGAGGUGCAGGAGGUGGAGACGUGUUGCUGUGUAGUCCAGCUGUUUGAGGCGUUUUCAGCAAAGAAACCUCUGAGCUGCAGCGGAGUUAUCGUGCAUCGUCAGACUGGAACCGUGAUAUGCACGGGCCUCCCGUUCUCCCGUUUUACCACCGACAGAGAGCCCCUCUCCUCGGACCGCGGGUUCCUGUCGCCGGAAAACUUCAGUGAGAAACUUAAAAUCCGCGUCAGCUUUUUGACGGAGCGAGAGCUGACCUCCGGUGGGUCUGCACGCGGAGAAGCAUCCAAACCAACACGUCAACGGGAGGUCUCGGCCGAGCUGCUUAUGCUGGUGAACUGCCCGGAGUUCAAACGGGCUUUCCAGGCAGUUUUCCAAGAGGCGGACAAGUGGCGUUUCCAUGUUGAUGAAGAGGACGAGGAGCUGCUCACAGAUGCCCAGUCCCUCAGCUGGUUCGCGAUACUGAAGGCGAGUGUGUCGGCGGACAGCAGCCCAAAUACAGCCGGGACGAUACCCUGGCAGAGCGGCUCAUCCCUCCACAAAGGCUGCGCGGUGGUUGCGUGUGGCUCACCUUUCGGCUCCCUCUGCCUGGAUCUGUUCAGCAGCAGCCUCAGCAGGGGCAUCGUGAGCAACCUCUCCGGGGAGGACAACGCAGUCAUCCUCACAGACGCCCGGUGCUUGCCGGGCACGGAGGGCGGAGGGUUGUUCGUGGUGAACGGCGCGGACACGGCGCGUCUCCUCGGACUGAUCGUGUCUCCAUUUGGGUGGAAGGCGAACGAGUGGAUAGGCCUCACCCUGGUCUGCUCGGUCCACUUGAUCUUCAGGAACAUCAUCCGCUGCACGAGGGCUCCAGAUCCCCUCCGAGAUGUUUGGCUCCACCCGGGAGAGGCAUGCCUCCUCGUGUCCACCGCGGCCCAGGAGACCAUGGCUGUGAAGUGCCCCACGGUGUGCUUCGUGGACAGUGGGCUGUUCUGGGGCUCAGGGGUCGUUGUCGCCUCUCGCCUGGUUGUGACCUGCCGCCACGUGGUCAACGGGAAGUCGACGGUCACCCUGAAGUUCCAUCACCGGGAGAGAGUCCUUGAUGUCGUGGGUGAUGUGCUGUUUGCUACUAAAACCUCCUCAUCCUAUGAUUUGGCUUUGGUGCAGCUGAGGGACUCCGUCACAGAGGCUGUCGUCCCUUGCAUGGCUCAGAGUUACAAUCCAGGUGAAUCUGUAGUUGUGGUGGGAUAUGGAGGCUUGGGUCGGAGAUGUGGUCCUUCCCUGACCUGUGGUGUCCUCUCCAAAACCAUCAGCUUGAAUGACCAGCCUGUCAUGCUUCAGACCACUUGUGCAGUACAAGCAGGAACCAGCGGGGGUGCUGUGGUGCGGCCAUGCUCAGGAGAGCUGCUGGGUAUUGUGUCCAGCAACACGAGGGACUUCGCUGCCAAAGUGACCUACCCGCACCUCAACUUUAGCAUCCCAGUGACUGUUUUUCAGAGAUUGUUGCAGCAUUUUCACCAGACAAAGGAUGUUAAUGUGUUCAGGGUGUUGGAUCGCACAGAAAAAGAAGUCAGCACAGUGUGGAGGCUACAGAGUGAACAAAGUAAACUAUAACCGAGGACCCCUGCAGAUAUGCUAGAGAAAAAGAUUGGAUGGUUAAACCAAUAUGGAUGACAUUCAUAAUCAUAUUAAAUAAUCAAAUAGAUAUUAUAUGUAAUUUUUUAAACCGUUGCUGUUUCAAACCAUACUUUGUUACAAAGACAGACACAAAGUCACAGAUCCGAAGGAGAAAAUGCUAUUAAAAUCAUUAAUUCCUAAUGUUGAUACUCUCGACCACAAUUAUGCAGUGAACUGGGUCAUAUUUAUAAAUAAUUAUGUUAAAAUUGACUUGAAUACAUGCUGAGAUUGUAAUUAUAUUAAUAAAAUAUAAUAUAUUCUGGUGA